CGUUGUAGAUGUCCGAAUUAUUUGACACUUAAUAUUUUUGUUAAAUAUGGCCUCAAAUAUGGACGUUGAUGCGGGCCAGUCAAAUGUAAUGGCAGUAGCAGGGACAAGUUCUACCGUGACAGUGUCCCUGCAUCCUUUGGUGAUCAUGAACGUCUCAGAACACUGGACAAGAGUGAGGGCUCAGGAAGGAAAACCAAUGCAAGUAAUCGGUGCCCUGAUUGGCAAGCAAAAAGGUCGUAAUAUCGAGAUCAUGAAUUCUUUUGAAUUGAGUUUCGUAGAAGUUGAGGCUGACCUUGUCAUCGACAGGGAAUAUUACAACAUGAAGGAAGAACAAUUCAAACAAGUAUUCAGUGAGAUGGAUUUCCUUGGUUGGUAUACAACGGGAGAGGCACCAAAUGAAGCAGACAUUAAAGUUCACAAGCAGAUCAGCCAGAUAAAUGAGAGUCCGAUUUUCCUAAAAAUGAAUCCAAUUGCUAGAUGUACAGACCUUCCCAUCAGCAUAUUUGAUUCUGUGAUUGACCUUGUCAAUGGAGAGGCGACCAUGUUGUUUGUAGAACUCCAGUACACGCUGGCAGCAGAGGAAGCGGAGAGAAUCGGAGUUGACCAUGUGGCACGGGUGUCUAACGCAGACAAUAACGAUAGCUCAACCGUGGCAGAUCACCUCUCUGCCCAGCACAGCGCCAUCAAAAUGUUACACAACCGGGUCAAGCUUAUACUCGACUACCUGAAGGCUGUGGAUGCUGGAACAGUGCCGAAAAAUCAUGAAAUUCUCCGCGAGGCAUACAGCUUGUGUCAUCGCUUACCUGUGCUUAAUACUGAUAGAUUUAAGGAAGACUUUUAUACACAAUGUAAUGAUGUGAGUUUGAUGACAUACCUUGGGACGUUGACCAAUGGAUGCAAUACUAUAAAUCAGUUUGUCAACAAGUUUAACGUGUUAUAUGACCGGCAAGGCAUGGGAAGGAGGAUGAGAGGACUGUUCUUCUAAAUGCAGCAUGUUGGUAUAAAAAGGUGGACGCACAAUUCUUGAUACGACUGCGUGUUGUUUACGAAGUUGAAUGUUGGGACAGUGUUAUUGAAAUAACUGAAAAGACAAUGUCCCUCUCUGAAAACAUUCAAAGCUAUCGUCUUUGACGAAAGUUUUCAAUUUCAGUUGACUUUGUUGUGCAUUGUCAUUGACACUGUUCUUACUGAGCCAUGAUGCCAUGGCUUAUCACACACAAAUUGAUGAUAUCAUCAACUCGAUGAUACUGUCAACCAAAAGAUUAUAUCCUAAUCCAAACCGAUCUUUCAAAGAGCGUAAUAAAAUGGCUGUCGUGGAAUCUCAAUCAUUUCAGUUCAUGAAAACAUGUUUGUGGGUUUUGUCCAUAGAAAUAACAACGUUCAUUUACCCAGGGAAAGUGGCAACUUUGGUUGUGUUCAAAUGCUUAAUGUGCUGAAGGCUUGGUUUUGUAAAUAUCUUCUAAAAGGAAUAAAUAAUCAAA